AUGUCGGUUGCUGACGAGACCACGGACGACUCACUCUACCCGAUCGCUGUUCUUAUCGAUGAGCUUCGUAACGAAGACGUGACUCUUCGUCUUAACAGCAUUCGUAAACUGUCCACAAUUGCUCUGGCUCUCGGAGUGGAGCGUACUCGUAAUGAACUCAUCCAAUUCUUGACUGACACUAUCUAUGAUGAGGAUGAGGUUCUUCUUGUUCUUGCUGAGCAACUUGGAAAUUUCACACCAUUGGUCGGAGGGCCAGAUCAUGUUCACUGUCUUCUUAUGCCGCUCGAAAACUUGGCUACCGUAGAGGAAACCGUCGUCCGUGAUAAGGCUGUUGAAAGUCUUCGCAAGAUUGCUGAUAAGCAUAGCUCUGCAUCUUUGGAGGAGCACUUCGUCCCAAUGCUCAAGCGUCUUGCCACUGGAGAUUGGUUCACCUCCCGCACCUCUGCAUGUGGACUCUUCUCCGUCGUCUAUCCCCGCGUGAGCCCAGCAAUCAAGUCGGAACUCAAAAGUAUGUUCCGUACUCUAUGCCGUGACGACACUCCAAUGGUUCGUCGUGCUGCUGCUGCCAAGCUUGGAGAGUUUGCGAAGGUUUUUGAAAAGACCGCUGUCGUUGAUGGACUCCACUCCAGUCUCACCGAUCUCCACGUCGACGAACAAGACUCUGUCCGGCUUCUCACAGUCGAGUCAGCUAUUGCUUUUGGAACUCUCCUCGACAAGCCAAGCAAGAAGAAGCUCAUUGAACCAGUUCUCGUGGAACUAUUCGAUGAUAAAUCGUGGAGAGUCCGCUACAUGGUUGCUGAGAAGCUUAUUGAGAUCCAAAACGUCCUCGGGGAAGAAAUGGAUGCCAACCAUCUUGUCCAAUUGUAUACCAACCUUCUUAAAGAUCCAGAAGGAGAGGUCAGAUGCGCUGCCACUCAACGUCUUCAAGAAUUCGCCCAAAAUUUGCCAGAAGAUAAGCGCCAGACUAUCAUCUGCACCCAGUUGCUUGCCGUGGCAAAGGAACUUGUCACCGAUGGAAACCAAUUGGUCAAGUCUGAGCUGGCUGGUGUAAUUAUGGGACUUGCUCCACUUAUUGGAAAAGAGCAAACCGUUUCCGAGCUUCUCCCUAUCUACAUGCAGCUCCUCAAUGAUCAGACUCCAGAAGUUCGUCUCAACAUAAUUUCUAGCUUGGACAAAGUCAACGAGGUUAUCGGUGCAGCUCAAUUGUCUACUUCUUUGCUCCCAGCCAUCGUCGGAUUGGCCGAAGACGGAAAGUGGAGAGUCAGAUUGGCUAUCGUUCAAUUCAUGCCACUCCUUGCUUCUCAAUUGGGACAAGAGUUCUUCGAUGAGAAGCUAUUGCCUCUUUGCUUGAACUGGCUCACCGACCACGUUUUCUCGAUCCGGGAAGCUUCCACUCUCAUCAUGAAGGAGUUGACACAGAAGUUCGGAGGACAGUGGGCUAGCACAAAUAUCCUUCCAAAGAUGCAGAAGCUUCAAAAAGACACAAACUACUUGCAAAGAAUGACUUGCCUCUUCUGCUUGAACACCCUCAGUGAAGCUAUGACACAGGAACAGAUCCUCAAGGAAAUUAUGCCAAUUGUGAAAGACCUCGUGGAAGACGAUGUACCAAAUGUCAGAUUCAAUGCAGCCAAGAGUUUGAAGCGGAUCGGAAAGAACCUUACUGCCAACACGCUAACAUCUGAAGUAAAGCCACUCCUCGAGAAGCUUGGAAAGGAUUCCGAUUUCGACGUUCGAUACUUUGCAGAGGAAGCCAGAAAUGGUUCGUUGUUUUUCAUAAGAAAUGAUUAUUUUAAUGAAUCUAUUUCAGGUCUCGGCUUGUAA